AUAAAUAAAUACAGUAUAGAUAGUCAGGCAGGCAGACAGGCCGAUCGGCUCCGCCUCGUCCCUACGACAGUAGCACAGCCGUGCUUAAGAAAGUCCUUGGAAUGAACCUGAUAACCUGAUAACCUGAUAACGUGAAGCCAUCCAAAUUCCAAAAAGCAUACUUUUUCUAUAAUGCACAUACAAUGGACAUAGACAAGCUAGGUCUGAUAGUCUUUCACAUUCUGUAUUAACUGUAGGCCUAUUUGUGUUUUGUCACAUUACUGAAAAUGUAAAUGAUCUGUCUCUUUCUGUUACAGGAUUUAACAUUAGACACUUGAAGAUCACUUUACUGUUGGGGACUAGUGGAAGAGGCACAUUUCUUACUGGCUUAACAAAAAUAGAUGGCUAACCAGACACCUGGAGAACAUAUGCUUGAAGUUGCAAGUAGGUGAGGUUUUGAUUGGCUGAGGUUUGAGAAGCAAGACCUCACGAAUCAGACCACAUGGAGGUCAAAGGGCGUCUCAUCACAUCCAUGGGUGUGGGGUCUCCAGAUCAGGACAGCAAGCUGCAAGCUGAGCGCAUCUCCGCAUUACAGGAGAGAAAGCAAAUCCUGGAGGACAUCCUCAGCAGCCGAAUGGGAGAGCUGAGACAAGUGUGUCUGCUGGAGGCGGAGCUGACCGGGAUGGUCCCACAUGCUUUCCCCCUGGAGACAGGAGAGAGAGCUCCUGUUGUAGAGCGCAGGGCUGGCCUGGCACAUAACAACACCAAGGGAGAGGAUGAGACAGGUCAGCGAAGGCAGAUGAAAACACUCUUCAGUGGUGCUCUGUACAGACACUCAGAGUCAGACAGGAAUGUCCCCAACAGCAGGAGGACCGUUCACCGUGGAUGCCACACAGAGGACACAGUGAUGUCGGAGAGUACUAGCUCCAUGUCAGAUUCAACGUCCCAUGACAAUGAGGAGUCCUCUCCCAGUGUGGCAGAAGACCACCGCUCCAUGUCCCAGCCCCGUCUGGGCAGCCCAGACCACCGGGUCUGUAGGAAACUGUCCCCAGUGGAGAUAUACUAUGAAAUGAGAACACGCCGUAACUCUGUGACCAGCUCUAUCAGCCCUAGUCAUUCUCUACCAAGGAGUGCAUCUAAUGUUGAAGGCAGAAGUGUUCCUGCUACCCCCCUUCUCGCCCGAACCGCCCCAAUCAGUGUUCAUGUCAGAUCAGAUGACUCUGGUGGGAUUUCACUAAAGCAGUGGUCUGGCAGCCUGGAUGUACCACAUAUGGAGCCCCUGGCCCAGGAAGGCCCCUCCUCGGAGCGCAGAGGCUGCCCUUACAGCUCCCGUGCCCGGCGAAGCAACAGUUCUGAGGCCCUGCUUGACCGCUCCAGUCUCCCCGAGGACCCAGCCCCCAGGAAUGGAAUGCCCCCCAGAGGAGGGCCUUACAAAAGCUCUGAGGCCCUCACUGACGGCAAGCUGAGGCACAUCCACCUGGGCAAUCCUGAGAGACAGGAGCAGGCCAACCUGCGGCUGUCCAUGGGUGGGAGAGUAGAAGCAGCAGAAGGAGGGGGUUACAAUGAGCUCCUAAUGGAUUACAUCUGGGGAAAGCAACAGAGGAUGCAAGUGCAACACCAGCUGUACCAAUCAACAGGUAGAAUCUGGCAGGACAUUUCCUCUCCUCGAUCGUCCACUGCUGCAGUGCCUCCUCACGCCAAUGGCUUCUCCCACUCCCAGGUGCAUCUUCCCAGCGCUGCCCCUUCCUACAGUCCCAGGGUGAUCCGUAGCUCCCAGGCAGAGCCUCGCAGAGUCAAAGUCACCCGGACCAAGUCCUGCGGACCCUUCAUCCCCCUGCAGCAGGAUGCCAUCCUGCUCUCUGCUUAUGAGUCUCCCCACCCUGCCCCAAGCUCCACUACCUCCUCCAUUCCCAACCUGCACCCCUUCCAGACUGAGCUGUCCGGCCCAACAUUCAAUCGCAGGCCUCCCCAGUUCUCUCUCCCCACCCCUGAGGACUCGACGAGGAGUCUGCAUAAAGCCUUGGCGCUGGAGGGUCUCAGAGACUGGUAUCUGAGGAAUGCCCUCGGCUACCCUACCACUACAUCAAAGGGGCAUGAUGCAGGGGUCUCCCGUCUCUCACACCCCCACCCUUUGGUGCACCAGGCUCAGUCUAUACAAGGUGAUCCACUCCAUAGGUCCCAGAUGUCUCAGUCAGCCAGCUUCCAUGGCCACCCACUGCAUGGAAGGUCAAUGGAGUUCUCACUCUAUCAAGAGCCCAUUCAUCCCCAGAUGCAAGACAUGACUCCAAAGGAGCCCAGUGCUGACCCUGGCACUUUGGUCUGAUAUAGCUAAAUAUAUAUUCAAACACACACGCGGACGGACGGACGGACGGACGGACGGACGGACGGACGGACGGACGGACAGACAGACAGACCCGAACACUGUAAAAGGAGCUGAUAUAAGGUGACCUCACAAGCUAAAAAAAAAACAUUACAACCACAGCAGAAAAAGACUGUAAAGCCGUUCUGAAUGCCCUCUGUUGAAAAUGAGCCCACCAACUUUUGACCCGUAGAUCGCAAAGCGAGAAAUAGAUUUGCACUGGAGCUGUCCCAGGAGUCACAGAAUAUAUUGUUAUUCUGUAGCUACUGUAUACUGUAUUGUAUUAUAUUGUUGGUCAGACCCAAGCCACAUGUAACAAACAUCCUCCUUGUUUAACCUAACAAAUCUCCCAAUAUAUAAUUUUUUACAGAAUAAAGUAUAUGUAUUCUAAAUUACUAUUUUGUAUCUUCUGAGAUAUAAAGAAUAGUUCUAUAAAAGAGGUAAUUUAGUGUCUUGUGAUUUACAAAAAUAUAUAAUGAACUCAUAUCAACUAAAAAGUAGUUAAACACACCAGUGAAUGUGUAAAUUAACCUGUUUGUAAACAUUAAUAUAUAUGUCUUAUCUCUUCAUCUGUCCAUCAAACAUACACAUUUCAGACGUGCUUGCUAUUUCUCAUGUUUGUCAAGUGAACACAAAUCCUUUCAAAGCUUGGUCUUCAAUCAACAAAUGAAAGAAAUUCCUGUUGUUGCCAAAUUGUUGUUUCAUGCAAGCUCUUUUUUUCUGCAUUUCCUAAGAGUCCAGCUGCUGAAACGACAUAAUAGUCAAGUUCAGGUAAAAACCUGAGGACUUUUAGAGGUCUAUGACAGUUGUUUAAUGAACUUUCUAUUCAUUUCUUUUCAUUCAGUUGCGUAGCACAUUUUCCUUCAGAGCACUUUAUGAACGUCAUAAGCCUUAACCAAUUGCAGCAGUGGGAUGGGGAAAUUGUCCCCAAGAGAGAACACACUAAAACCAGAAAAUGGUUGACAGCGUAUGAAGUUUGAGCAAAUAAGAAAAGUGUUACCAGGUUGAAGUUCAUGUUCAAGUCUACGUCAAGGUGGAAUUUUUGUGGCCCAUUUGGACAUUCACGAUCAAAGUGAUGUAGUGUAUAAAAUUAUGUAUUUAUAAGAUUGUAACAACAUUAUCAACAAUAAACCGCAUAUUUGGAUCUGUAUGUAUCAUGAUAAUAAGCUAGAUUUGAUUCUAAAUUCCUUUAUAAACUGAUGUCAACUUAAUGUGGAGAAAUGAAAAGGGGUCUAACUAGAACAGGGCUAGGGGAUGGGACUGUUGGCAUGAGCAGGCCUUAUGUCAAAACUCAUAAAUGUGGUAGUAUGAGAAUACGUUUCCAUUGUAUCAUGUCAUACGCUACUCCUAUUGGUGGCACAAUGUUAUCAUAAUGGUAAAAAUUAUUUCAUGUAAUUAAUGCCAUUCCCAUAUACCACCGCAAUUCAAGAACAGCCCUUUUAUAAACUUCCCAUGACAUGUGCUUGUUUGUUCUUGUGUAUCUUAGGUUCAUGAUUAUACCAUUAUAAAAGGGCAUCACUAACAACCUGAAUGGUAGGAAAUUAAUACCUCUGGAAAGAAAUGUAUGAGUAGCUAAUAAAGAUCUUUCAUUUUAACUGAUUAAUGUCAUGGCUUCAUCUAUUGACAUGUUUUACAGGUAAAGCUAUUCCUUUUAUCUCAAGUACCUUUAAUGGAAUGUUAUAUUUGUUUUAAAUGUUGGUGUUUUCACAUUCAAUAGUUAGUGUGUGAAUUUCUUCAAGCUAGUCUAAACCUGAAACUGAUGACCAAACUGCUGUGCAUUGGGGGUCGUAAAUGUAUUUUUCAGGUGAUGUACUUAUGUCUGUAAAACAUAAAUGAAUAUACAUUUAGCUCGAAGGAAAUUUAUCCAGAAUAUAUAUUGUAUAUUUAUGAACUUAUAACAUUUUGUAUCUAUUUGUGAAAUACACUUCUGUCAUAAAACCCAUUCAGCACCAGCCAGAGAAGUGCGGUGUUAACUAACAUUUACAAGUGUAUUAGUUGUAGCUUUUCGGAGAAUGAGUUAUGUUGAUUGACUGGAAUUGUUUGUGACAUAUUGACUGAAAUCCGCUUCUGUUUUUCUCCUGAAAUUUUUGCAUCCUAUUACAGUAUGUCCAUAUUUCAAAGGGGUGAGAAAUACUGUACAGUUUCUGUUUGAGGAUGGGGUACAUUCAUUGAUAUUUUUUAAAUAAAGUAUCAUCAUGGUAAAUGCAA